CCGUUGCUUUUGAGUUCGUGGGUGGCGGUGAACGCAGCGCAGUUCACUCCCUAACACAUGCUGAUCAGCUGCCUGGUCAGAGCUCGUGGCGUCAAACCCUCCUGCGAAUCUCUCACGUUUGACCGAACACUAAAGCUUGCUGCGCUCACAUCGCCGGCGCCCUGCAAACUCUACAAGUGCUCCCAAUCGAAAUGCGUGUGGUCAACACUCAGAUCAGCGCCAGUGCGCGCGGCGCGAGCGGCGUGUGGGGGGCGCGGGCUGCGCAGCCUGCGCUGCUGCUCGGCGUGCUGUUGUUCGCACUUCCGGUCCGGGCAUUCAUUGACGUGCGCAACAACUGCGGCUACGCCGUCACUGCGUUCUGGCGCUCGGGUGCGGGCAGCACCUACAACAGCCGGGUGCUGCCGGGCCAGGUUGUGCGGAUCACGUUCAGCGGCGGCGUCUGGAUCGGCGGCGUGAUCUGGGGCUCAAGGACCGGGAGCAUCAACAACGGCCAGGCCACACAGCUCGAGUUCACGAUUGGCGCCGACAUGGGAGGCGGCAGGAAGCAAGACUUCUAUGACGUCUCUGUGGUCAACGCCUACAACACGCCGGCGCGCAUCCGGCCCCUCAACCCGCCCUCCGUCAGCGGCUCCUGGUGCGGCUCGCCAACGUGCAUCCUCCCAAGCCUGACCACCUUCUGCACCAGCCCCAACUACCUGGCCGGCGCCGACCCCGCAUGCAUCAACAAGGAUGGUCCCGGUCUGGUCGCCACGUCUGGCACCAAGGCUUUCAAGGCUAAGUGCCCGCAGGCCUACGCGUACUCCAAGGACGACGCCACCUCCAUGUUCGCGUGCCAGUGGGGCACCAACUACGAGGUCAAAUUCUGCCCGUGAGCGUGGCGCUCUGGGCUCUGUCGUGCUGCGCAUGUUGCGCCAGUUUGUGGCACGUUUUGGUAUGCGCAAGGGUAUGCAGCACGUACGCCAACUGACAUCGGCAACUUGGGCUACACGGGCCGGCAAGGGUUGUGCUCACCGUGGGCCUUGCCUUGAACGUAGCGUGCGGAAGGACUGGCUGCGUACGGGACUUGGUGCAUGACGAAUGCCACACGUGCGUCAACAUGGAUUCGAGGCAUUGUUUCAUAGCCGCGAGGUUUGGCCGUAUUUGCAACGUGAACGGGGCUCCAAAGGAGUGGUGAACUGACAGUAGGGACGUAAUACAUGCCCGUAGAGACCCCGCCUGUGUUUCACCAGGGUAGUCUUGCCUCGCGCAACCACAUCGGGGCGGGUCUCCAUCGGACUAGCACGUAAAGCGCGCCAGUUGGGCUCUGAAAGCGGGAAUGGA